UCUCAAACAGCAGAACGUCGCUCGAAAUCUUUGCCUUUGGGGCUCAAAAGGGGAGAAAGCAAGGAAAUGGCCUCCAAACCCGGUUCAGCUCCGACCACGUACACUCCGACUCCUACUCGUAAAUCCCGUCCACCCAUUUUCAAAGACUCCGAUGUCGAUUGGGUCCGUCCUGACGGCCGCGGUUUCCACCAGUGCCGGCCUGCCUUGUUUCAGCAUACAAUGGAUGAGAGUGAAUCUCAUGUUCUACAAGCAGAGUUUUUGUGUUUUCAGGACUGGUGCUGUCAAUGCUGCUGCUGGAUCAGCUUAUGCCGAAUUCGGUAAUACAAAGGUCAUUGUAUCUGUAUUUGGGCCCAGAGAGAGCAAGAAAGCGAUGAUGUAUAGUGACGUUGGCCGGCUGAAUUGCAAUGUGAGCUAUACAACUUUUGCCACCCCAGUCCGAGGGCAGGGAUCAGACCAUAAAGAAUUUUCCUCAAUGCUUCAUAAAGCUUUGGAAGGUGCAAUAAUGUUGGAAACUUUUCCUAAGACAACUGUAGAUGUUUUUGCAUUGGUGUUGGAAUCUGGUGGCAGUGAUAUUCCUGUUGUAAUAUCUUGUGCAAGCCUUGCCUUGGCUGAUGCAGGGAUUAUGAUGUAUGACCUCGUUGCUGGAGUUUCAGUGUCUUGUCUUGGCACAAACCUCGUCAUUGAUCCAAUUUUGGAAGAGGAAAGCUGUCAAGAUGGAAACCUAAUGAUGACCUGUAUGCCUUCUCGUUAUGAGGUCACUCAGCUGACUGUUACAGGGGAAUGGUCGUCUGCAAAAAUGAACGAGGCAAUGCAGCUUUGCCUUGAUGCGUGUUCAAAGCUUGCGACGAUAAUGAGGUCAUGUUUGAAAGAGGCUGCUUCUGCUACACAAGAUUAGAGAGAAGCUAUGAAUAGUGAUUUUUGCCAAUUAAUAGUCACCCUUCAGCCUUUUGCCAUUCCUGGUUUCUUCUCCCUCUCCUCAUCAUCCUUUAAGGAUGUCUUUAUUAAGUUUUGUGAUUUUUCGAUCCCACUUGUUUUCCUAUCAAGUUUUAUGUUUUUCAUUCCUGGAUGAAUCUGAGUUGAGAUUCAAUAUUUUGCAUAUCUUUUGAUUGAUCUAGGAAAUUUAUGUAGUAGCAUCUUAUUCUUGUGUAUCUUUUUCUCUCAAGUUCUUGUAGUUUUCUGGCCUUCUUUCUUCAA